GCUGCGGCGAGUUCCGGCUCCGCUGCGCGGUGCCCUUGGGCGGCUGGGGACGAUGGCGGCGCUGGUGCUGCUGCGGGCGGGGCUGCGGCGACCCCGCGGCGCCCAGAUGGCUCUCCUCGGGGACGCCCUGCUCCGCCGCCCCGCUCUCCUGGCAGCUGUCGCCGAUCGGAGCGCUCCGGCCCGGCAAAGCCACAGCUCGCCCCGGCAGGGCCAUGGCAGUUCCAAGGCUGCAUCUUUGCACUGGACAGGUGAGAGAGCUGUCAGUGUCCUCUUGCUGGGUCUCCUGCCUGCAGCCUACCUGUACCCCGGACCAGCCAUGGACUAUUCGCUGGCUGCAGCCCUCACUCUUCAUGGCCACUGGGGUCUUGGGCAGGUGAUCACCGACUAUGUCCACGGCGACACAGCCAUCAAGGUGGCCAACACAGGGCUGUAUGUGCUGUCGGCCGUCACCUUCGCCGGCCUCUGCUACUUCAACUACCACGACGUCGGCAUCUGCAAGGCUGUUGCCAUGCUGUGGAGCCUCUGAGAUGUGACCAAGCCCCUGACAAAACUGAUUGUCCACUGCUGCCUCUGCUUCGCCAUCUUCUUACCAGCAUGUGGAAUAUGAAGCUGAGUAAAGCAAGGGUCCACAGGUUGUACAUACUGCAGCAAGAGCAGGGCUGAGGCUUUUAGAAGUAACGUACCCAGCAGCAGCAAAAGAUUGCUAGAGAAGUAGAUUUUAAGUGGAUGAUGUCCAGGGGAGGGGGAGUUGAGUUAAGCUGGACUGUAAAUUGUGAGGAAUGAACGAGAGGCUCCCUAGCUGAAGGGAACUUGCUUUGUAAAGGCAGCUUUAACGAGGGUUUUAUUCCACACCAGCUGUUGUUUGGUUUCCUUCUUUUGUAAAACAAGCUUGAAAUGUGGAAAACAGAAACUGCUCCUCCUGGUAUCACAUCUCAGCUGUCUGUAAGGCACACCUUUGGAGCUCUUUGGACCCUGAGAGCUGAUGUAGAAAAGGGAACCUUUUUUUUUUUCUUAAUCCAUGCAAUAAAAAAA